AUGGCUCCGGUGGGUCUGCCACCGGGCUUUAGAUUCCACCCCACCGAUGAGGAGCUCGUAAACUACUUCCUUAAAAGAAAGAUCCAUGGCCUUAAGAUCGAGCUCGAUAUAAUCCCAGAAGUAGACCUCUACAAAUGUGAACCAUGGGAAUUGGCAGAUAAAUCAUUCUUGCCAAGUAGGGACCCUGAGUGGUAUUUUUUUGGUCCUCGGGAUCGGAAGUAUCCGAAUGGAUUCCGAACAAACCGUGCAACCAGAGCAGGAUACUGGAAGUCCACAGGGAAAGACCGUCGAGUUGUUUGUCAGAAUCGUGCUAUUGGUAUGAAGAAGACAUUGGUGUAUUAUAGAGGUAGAGCUCCACAAGGAAUCAGGACAGAUUGGGUGAUGCACGAGUAUCGCCUCGACGACAAGGAGUGUGAGGAUACAAUGGGAAUUCAGGACUCAUAUGCGCUGUGUCGAGUUUUCAAGAAAAAUGUCGUGUGCACAGAAAUAGAAUUGCGAGGACAAUAUAGCUUAAUGGUAAUGGAGGGCACCCAAGGAGUGAUCACCAGCGAAUCAGAGACUAUGUCACCAGAUGUGCCUGUGGGAUCAUCAUCAUGCUUCGACGAGGACGACAAGGAUGAUGCAUGGAUGCAAUUUAUCUCUGAUGAUGCAUGGUGCUCUAACGUAUCAAGCAAUGCGGUUGUCAAGGACCCUUCAUACAUGGAUUUUGCUAAUUGA